AUGAUCAGUAUAACGACGGUGUCCCACAAGACCGAUGAUGUUCGUCAUCCAUUGCUCAUGUUGACCAACAGAGAGGGUUCGAAAUAUUUCUUUGGGAAGGUGCCAGAAGGAACGCAGAGAAUGCUCAAUGCCAGCAGAAUUAAGCUUGGGAACCUUAAGAGUGUAUUCUUGACAGGAACACUCAGUUCCUGGUCAGACAUCGGUGGAUUACCAGGAUUCUUCUUAACCUUGAGUGAUAGCACCAAGAAAGGAAUCGAGGUAUUCACUAACUCAAGUAAGAUCUUAUCAUAUAUCGUUGCCACUUGGAGAGGGUUUGUUUUCAGAAAAGGUGUGGAGUUGAAAAUUCAUGAUACACAAGACCAUGGCAUCAUCGGUGACAAUAAUCUUACUAUUAAACCUAUUCUCAUUGCCAGAAAGGAUGCCAACGACUACGACCCAUCAUUAUCGUUAAAGUUAUCCAACGGAAUCAAAAAAAUCUCCUCGUUGAUGUUCCCUUUGGAUACAUCAAAAGUCAAUACAAGUGAUCCUGAAUCAUACAGAUCUGAUCCCACAGAAACAGAAAUCCACACACAUACAAGCCUCCCAUCUCCAGAGGAGAUUGAGCCAUCCAAAAGCCAAAAGUCUAUUAAUUAUCUUAUCAGAAUACUUCCAGCACGAGGUAAAUUCGACCCUCAAAAGGCAAAGGCAUUAGGGCUCAAACCAGGAUUAAAUUAUAGAAAGUUGAGCCAGGGACUCUCUGUGACCAAUGAUGAAGGACAGGUUGUCACCCCUGAACAAGUUUUAGAGCCCUCAAAGCUGUACCCUAAAGUGUUGAUUCUUGAUAUCCCAAAUGUUCAUUAUCUUGAGCCAACAAUCAAUUCCCCAGAAUGGUUCAUCAAUGAUGAAGAUAGAGGGGAUGAAGAAAUAAAAUUAGUAUAUCACUUUUUGGGCGACGAUAUCGAUUUUGAAGGAACAGCCUAUCGUUCGUUUUUGGGUAGAUUUCCAAGCGAUUGCAAACAUGUUAUUAGUCACUCCAAAAUUGCUGACAACACAUUAAACUUCAAGCAUUCUGCCAUCAACACAUUAUUGUUGAAGAGCAUUGUCAAGGACAAAUUCAACUUGCCUCAUUUCGACGCUUACCAUCCAUUAGCGACUCAAGGUGACACUAAAUACAAGUUGCAACAGGCUCAAGUGUUUCUGAUUGGUACUGAAGAAAUCCACGUAGACGAAUCACUGAUUUCCUUGGAUACUUGGUCUACGCUAUAUGACUCCGAGAUUGAACCCUUGGGGUUGGGUAGUAACAAGGCAGAAACUUUGAGCGAGGAGUUGGUUUCUUUGGAAAUGGUGCAGGAGAGUAAUACUUCAUUGAAAGAUCAAAUUCAUGUGGUAACUUUGGGAACUGGAUCUGCCAUUCCAUCCUUGCAUCGUAAUGUGAUUUCUACGUUGAUUAGAGUUCCCCAUGUUGAAGAUGGAAGUUUGUCAACCAAAUCCAUUAUCUUGGAUGGUGGUGAAAAUACCCUUGGUACCAUUUUGAGGCAUUUUGAUGCAGCACAACUCCCAGAAGUAUUCCAAGAAAUAUCGCUAAUUCAUUUGAGUCAUUUGCACGCGGACCAUCAUUUGGGAAUCGUUUCGUUGAUUAACAAAUGGUUUGAAUACAAUCAAAACACGACCAAGAAGCUCUAUUUGGUUAUUCCAUGGCAGUAUGAUAAAUUUAUUCAGGAAUGGUACAAGUUUGAAGCUGAAUUUAAUGCAUCCGUGGACUUGACCAGAUUAGCCUACCUUAGUUGUGAAGAGUUCAUUCACGACAGAGCACCAGAAUACCAAUCAAUAGAACUUGAAGAGUUUGAAAGAAGAUACGAGUGUCAAGAUCUCACCAGAGUUCUUCCUAGAAAGCCGUUGGCCCCCAAAAACGAUCAGCUCAUACAAGAAUUAUACCAUGACCUUAAAAUCAAUUCCAUUAAAACCGUGAGAGCACUUCACUGUGCAUGGGCAUAUUCAAUCACCGUGAAUCUUCAGGUUGGAAGUGAGACGUUUCAAGUAGCAUACUCCGGAGACACGAGACCCAAUCCUAAGUUUGUUGACCUUGGUUAUGGAAGUGACUUGUUAAUUCACGAAUCGACCCUUGAUAAUGAGUUGAUUGAGGAAGCCUUGGCAAAGAAACACUCCACCAUGAUAGAGGCAGUGGCGAUGGCGAGAUACAUGAACUGUCCCAAAGUAAUUCUCACUCAUUUCAGUACCAGGUAUUCGAUCAAGAAUGAUAUCUCCACCGACCCAAUCCGCUUGACCAAAUUGGCAGACCAAUUGAACGAGUAUUUAGUGAAAUAUUCGUCUCCUUCCAAUAUUUUCAACCUUGAAAGGCACAAUAGAGAGGUUAAGGGAUACGAUGAGUUGGAGAUUUGUUUUGCAUUCGAUGCCAUGAAUGUUAGGUAUGGAGACAUCGAUUACCAAAGAUCUUACCAGGAAGUUCUUGGAAAGGCAUUCGUCGGUGAGGUAGAGGAGGAGAAGGAAAAAGAUACCAAAAGGCUCGAAGAGAAGAGGGAAGCAAAGAGAUUGGAGAGAUUAAAUAGAGGGAAGAAGAGAAAGACGGGUCUAGCGGUGAUGAUAUUUCAGCUUCUGUGGCUCUAUGACUCGAUAUGUACUGAGAUUUCCAAGAGAUCCAAGUUUAACAAUCCAAUUGUGGCCAAAAACUUCACGAGAGACCUCAAUUUAAUACCAAUCUUGAAGAUCAAUAGCUUCAUCAAAUCGACCAAGACAAAUGAUAUCACUGCCAUCUUAUCUGAUUCAACUCAUAAAGUGUUUGCAAUAUUCCCUUUCAAGCCGACUAUAGUCAACUUCGAAAAUAGUUAUCAUCAGAGGAUCACCUAUCACACAUUGAAUUGUUCUAUUCGUAUUAAAAAAGCCAAUCUAAGAUUCGCUAGCAGACUAGAGGCUCUUGAAAACUAUGAGGUUGAUGUGAAUAUGGACUUAAUUAUUCUAGAAAUCCUUGAUUUGGAGAUUUUCCAACGAGACCAAGUUCGGGCAGAUCCCUCCUACGAACGAUCCUUGAAGUUCGUAUAUGACGAGGUUGGCUACAGGGCAAAAAAUGGAGACCAAUUCGGGUCCGAUUACGAAGUUGAGGAAUUAGGGACCAUGGAAUGGGCGUAA